GCAUAAAGUGAGGCGUCUGGACUACAUGUAAACUUAUCAUUCAAGAUUACCGAAAGAACUUUGACUAUAUUUAAGGAUGAACUGUUUACAUUUAGUUUUGUUAAUAUCAAGUUAUUUAGUGUUUUCUGUUAACGCUGAAUCAAGUGACACCUUGCGUUACCAAGAAAAAACAAAAUGUAAGAAGUUCAAUGCCGUAUAUGAAGUCGACCAACUGUUCAAUCACCCAACGAGAAAGUGCAUUCAGUGCCGAUGUUGUAAAACUGGAAAAGUAAAGUGUUUUAAGAAACCAUGUGCUGAUGCCCAACCACCAAAAUGUGGAAUAUUAUUCCAGGAAGCAGUUGACAUUGACGGAUGUUGUACAAGAUGUAAUUCCACAUGUGUCGACAUUAAGAAUAAUAGUCCAGUCUUAAACUGCCCUGGUGAUAUAGUAUUUUACGACAAUGAAGACACUUCACCAGCCGGUUGUACUGGGGUAUGUGGAGGUAUCUUCCGUGGGUCCAUUGUGCCAAAUGGUCCUGUCACUGAUCCAAAGGUUGUACAUCCGUGCGAAUCAUGCGUGUGCGCAAAUGGAAAGGUAACAUGCAGUACCCAAGCUAGUUGUCCGGCAAAAAAACUUGAAUGUGUUAACCCACAGAUAGACGACAACACAUGUCAGUGGGGUUGCCCUGAAGGUCCAACAUGCUGGAAGGGCGAUGAAGUUUUGUAUGCCAACAUGACUUACGAGAUUUCGGGUAAAUUUUGCACAUGUGUUCUAGAUCCUUGGUGGCCAUUUGCAGCCUGUGGAAACCAGGGACACGAGGGCGUGUUUGAGAAAAUGUUGCAGGAAGAAAUGUGUGUGAAAACGGCAAUUAAUCCGAUUAAUUAUAACCCUGCUUAGAGAAUGUGGAGAUUAUAAAUUCCCUUAAGGAUAUGUAUGUAAUUUCAUUAAAUCUUACGAGACUGUAUAAAACGUGUAUUAUAGAUAAAUACACACCAUAGGAAAAGCUCAAUAUUCCUUGUCCUUCGAUAAAUUAUAUACAACAAAUGUUACAAACUAGUUCUCAACGGUAAAUUAGAAUAUAUCUGCAGAUGAAAAAAAAACUUCUCUAAAGGAACAUAGAGAAUCUAUUUUAGAAUAAACGUAUUGCAUAAUUUA